AUGGAAAUUCGCACCAUUUCACCAGAAGAUGUCAAAAGCGUAGCCACAAACACUGCGCAAUCGAUACCAAUUGAUGAGAUCGAUAGUACUUUCAAGUCCCAAUACACUGAUCUCAUAUCUGCACCACUUGGCUCCAAAGUCCUCUCUUUCAGUGAUGAAUACUUCGCUGCAGCCGAGAAUCUCAUAACGCCGACUCCAGCAGUCCGUAAACCUGGUGUCUUCGUACAUACGGGAGCUUGGUAUGACGGUUGGGAAACCCGACGUCACAACACCGAACCCGCCGACUGGGUGGUACUGAGACUGGGUACCGCCAGCGGAAAAGUAGCAGGUGUAGAAAUCGACACGGCACACUUCAACGGAAAUCAUGCACCAGAAAUUGCCGUCGAGGGUGCUUUUAUCACGGAUGAGAAGGAGGAAGAAGAGGUGAAGAAGCCAAGCUACCAGGGUUGGGAGACGAUUCUGUCAAAGCAGGAGUGUGGACCUAGCCAACGGCACGGAUGGAAGCUGGCAAACAUUACGGAAAAAGCGUACACCCACGUCCGGCUCCUCAUGUACCCCGACGGUGGCAUUGCGCGUUUCCGCCUCUACGGUGUCGCCGUGCCCGUGUUCCCCCAAUCCGCAGAUGCCAUCUUCGAGCUCUCAGCAACAGUCAUGGGAGGCGUCGCAACAGCGUGCUCCGACCAACAUUUCGGCACAAAAGACAACCUCCUCCUCCCCGGUCGCGGGAAAGACAUGGGUGACGGCUGGGAAACGAAGCGCACGCGUGGCGAACACGUCGACUGGACGAUUGUCAGGCUAGGCGCAAAGGGUGAGAUUGACCACGUUGUCGUGGACACUGCGCACUUUAGGGGCAACUUCCCGCAAAAGGUGCAGGUCUUUGCUGGAAGCUUUGAGAAGGAUCCGGCUCAUGAUGAUAAGGAGUGGGUUGAGGUUUUGGAGCCGCAAAAGACGGGUCCGGAUAAGGAGCAUGAGUAUAAGGCUGAGCUGAAGGAGGUGGCUGGCAGGGGCUACACGCAUGCGAAGUUGGUGAUUAUCCCGGAUGGAGGUGUGAAGCGGUUCCGAGUUUUCGGAAAGAGGGUUAUGGAGGAAGAGUACGCUUUUAAUAUGGAGAAGGUCUCGCCGAUAUGGAUCAUCACGGCACUUUGUGUUGUGCCGUUCGGCAUGUAUCAACUGCUCAACCUUCUUAGCCCGUUGAUGCAGCGGUUGACGGCUAUGAAGAUCUCAGCGAUAUACAUCUACCCCAUCAAGUCGCUGCGAGCUGUCAAGGUCACCGAAGCCGUUGCCACCACUCAUGGUUUCAAGCACGACCGCUCCUUCAUGCUCCUCCAAAGAACCGAAGAAGGCUACAAAAACAUGGCCGUAGCCAAAUACCCCGAAAUGACGCAAUUCCUCCAAGAAAUGUCCAGUGACACCAUCACCAUCCGAUACAUCGCAUACGGCGACUCAUCAAAAGCAACAUCAAUUCAAAUCCCACUAGAACCCGACGCAGAUAAGCUAUCCCCCAUCAAUAUCGAAAUGCACUCCAGCCCCACCUCCGCCUUCCUAAUGCCCCAAAAGUACAACGACUGGUUCACAUCCUGUUUCGGCUACCCAGUCAUCUUCGUCUACUUAGGCACCAACCGACGCACCGUCCAAUUCCAAGACAUGCAACCCGCGGAACCCUCGCCACUAACCCGUUUUCUCUCCAAAUACGUCCCGUUUACUACUUCGUACGUCGAGAAAGCGAUGGGCCUGCACAAGCCCUCAGCAGCCGAAUCCUGGAAGAUCACUUUCGCAGACUGCGCCCCAUAUCUCUUCUGCUCGCAAACGAGUCUCGAUGAUGUUUCCUCCCGACUACCAGAAGGUAUGGCCAUGGACAUCGAAAAGUUCCGUCCUAAUAUCGUGGUGGAGGGCGCGUAUGAACCGUACGAAGAAGAUUACUGGGGUAAAGUCACGGUGAAAGGGAGUACGGAGAUCUUGCUUCCGCAUAACUGUGUGAGGUGCAAGAGUAUUAAUAUUGACUACAAGACGGGGAAACCGGGGGAGGGGCCGAGUGGAGAGGUGCUGAAAAGGCUGCAGAAGGAUCGCAGGAUUGAUGUUGGGGCGAAGUGGAGUCCGGUGUUUGGACGGUAUGGGUUUUGGGGGAAGGGCAGGGAAGAGGUGUGGAGGGUGGGGGAUCGGGUUAAUGUUGCCAAGGUUAAUGAUGGGCCGACUGUUUGGAGUUGGCCUGGUGUCGGAUAG